AUGUUGGCCGUUCGCACGCUUGGUGUGGCUCGUUUGUCGGUACGCUCCGCCUCGCAAGCCUUCCAAACGAUCCCAACAAACGCCGGAAAAGUACCACCGAAGCUCGAAGAUUUCGACCCGCUCAAUCCCGGAGAGUGGCAACUUGGGGCUGGAGGAAAGAUUCUUCCCCGACUCCCAGAAGGCACAAGAUGUGGUAAACUCGUGAUGGGCAAAUACGGACUCUACGAUCCCGUGCUCAAAAAACGUGUCGACACCUACUCGAAAGCUCUCCUUGAAGGAAAAAAAUCCGAGGACGCCGGUCCAUUUGAUCGAGGACUCACCUCUGUUGUUAAAGUGCUUUCAACCUGCUGCCUUGUGCUUGGAUUGUACAACUUGGCCACCCUCUUCAUCGGCCACCCACUUCCACCAUUCUCUCACCUGAAAGCCCCCGGAUCG